UUUUUUUUUUCUUUCUUUGUUUCUUUAUCAUGUCUCAGCAACAAGAGUGGUAUCAGUUUGAUCCUAAUGUUCAUUAUUACUACGAUGAACAUCAACAGGUUCAUUAUUAUGAUCCUAAUACCAACAUGGAGUGUCCAUACCCUUCUUAUGCACCAUCUUAUACCCCUCAAGCUUAUUCUCGACAACCUACACCCGAUGUCUUGUUACCUUGUCCCGAUCCUACGUGCGAUGGAGAAAAUAAACCAACGAGCAAGUUUUGUGAGGAAUGUGGACGACCUUUAACCCAUAUCUCUCGAUCAGCAACACCUGCCAGUAUGGCUCAUCCACACAUGAGUUAUUAUCCCUCAAGACCAUCGUCCACCACGAUGCAUACGCCAUCCAUAGACCCAUUAGACAGAGCACGCGGCUGUCCUGUUGUCUGCUGGGGGUUUGGUGGUAAAAUGGUUGUCUCAUUUCCUCGGAUGGAAACAGAUUAUUAUACUUCGACCGUCAAGUCAAAACCAGGCCUUGUUCAGAUUCGACGUCGGAAACCAACACAACCUGUCUUGGGUCCUGUCUUGAUGGAUCCCAACAUGAGCACGAAACAGAAAAAGAAACAAGUGAGUCAGUAUAUGCAGCAUCAAUUGGACCUGUUUGAACAACAAGCUCAAGAUAACAAAAUACUUUUAUGGAGACUUAUCAAGACCAUGAUGGAAACAGAAGGAAGCUUGAAUGACAAACAUACCAUGGAUCAAGCUAUUUUGAAUGUCAUUCGACCUCCUUUAUUAACAGAAGAACAAGAUCAUUUCUCAUUCCCUAAUGCUAUUGAUCAAGACAAUGUGAAUUUAUCUGAUCAAAUACUGGCCAAAAUGGAAUACUUGUUAGUGGCAGGCAAUCGUCGUGAUGCUGUGGACUAUGCCGUUCAAGAAGAUUUAUGGGCUCAUGCAUUGAUUAUCAGUAGUUGUGUUGAUAAACAACUAUGGCAACAAGUCAUUCAACAGUUUGUUGACCGAGAAAUGAAUGCUGCACCCGAUCAACGACUGAAUCGCGUAUUUCAUAAUAUUGCAGGCAACAAUCAGGCAUUGCGUGUCAUGUAUCGCUUGUUUUCAGGUGCAGGUGCAAGUGCCAUGCAAGAAUUUAUCAAGUUAGAUAUACAGCAUGUUCAUACACCUUAUGGGUUAAAGACGGUGACUCCUGCUAUAGAUAGACAACAAUUGGUGUACUGGAGAAAUACAGUGGCUAUUAUCUUGGCUAACCGAACACCUAAAGAUGUAGAAGCAUUGGCUGCGUUAGGGGAUAUUUUAUCACAACAAGGAUGGCUAGAAGCAGCUCAUGUCUGUUAUGUAUUAGCAUCUCCCUUUGCUGUCCAUUCAGGUAUAGAUACACCUCAAGUACGGUUCACAUUGUUAGGUACACAUCAUGCCAAAGAAACAGAAUUAUCUGAAAUCUACGAAUUUGUACAUUCUCUCUCUACAACUUCAACUACCUGUAUGCCUUUCUUACAAGGUUAUAAACUGGCUCAUGCAUGGCGAUUGGCAGAUGAUGGGUAUAUGGAUGAAGCGCAACGCUAUUAUGAAGCCAUUGAUCAAUGCAUCAAAACUGCACAAAGCCCUUAUUUACACUCUCAUCUUGUAGAGCAAUUAGCUGUCUUGGGACAACACUUGGAAGCAGCCACGGGCAAAAAGAGCGGGUAAGGUUAUUCAAUAACUCAUGUGGAGGUCUCAUGCUGUUGAUAGUGAAUCUUGGCUUAAACCUAAAUUCCAGAAAAAGGCAUUUUCUUCUCUUUGGGGUACAUUAGAAGGUAGCCUUACAAAGUUUGUGAGUGGGGAUGAACCACCACCUCAAGAACCUUUGCCUCGAAGAUCCACUGAAAUCAUGAGUCGUUAUCCUUAAGUCUGUGUGACUUUCUUUUUUUUUUUCUUCUAAAAAAAAAAUGCUAGAAACCACCAGAAUAAAGUAGUGUGUUUUUUUC